UGAGUGCCAAAUUGCUGCUGUCAAAUUCCAUACGUCGAUUUUAUGGAAUUGUGCCCUUCCAAGGUGUUCAAUUCAUUAGUGUCGGCCGCAUAGUUAAACCUGUAAUUAAUUUAUUGAAAAAUACACAAAAUACGAGAACAUUUGCAACAACUCAACUAGUGAAAAUGGCCGAAGCAACAGGUCUGAGCAAUGCGGAGGCAGCGGAAUUAUGCAAGCCAGCGGAUGCGGCAACUAAGGACUUCCUCUUUCAACAAACCAUGUAUCGCAUUAAAGAUCCACGCAAAUCUUUGCCUUUCUACACUGGUGUACUUGGCAUGUCGCUGCUGGUGAAAUUAGAUUUUCCUGAAGCAAAGUUUUCGCUAUAUUUUAUGGGCUACGAAAAUCCCGAUGAUGUACCAAAAGACCCCUUGGAACGUAGACGUUGGGCUAUGAGCCGCAAGGCAACUGUUGAAUUGACACAUAAUUGGGGCACGGAAGACGACGAGAGUCAGUCAUACCAUAAUGGUAACUCUGAUCCGCGUGGCUUCGGUCAUAUUGGCAUAAUGGUGCCGGAUGUUUAUGUGGCGUGCAAGCGUUUUGAGGAGCAGGGCGUUGAGUUCGUUAAGAAACCCGAUGAUGGUCGCAUGAAGGGUUUGGCUUUCAUUAAAGAUCCCGAUGGUUAUUGGAUUGAGAUUUUUAAUGCAAACACUGUGUGUUAAAUUAAAUGAGAUUUCUUGAAUUUUUUUUUUGUUAUUGUUUACAAACUUUUAAAGUGAAAUGAAAAAAAAGUAAUAUAUGUAAGAUUUUUAUAAAAUUAAAUUUGAAUUAUUAAAUCAUCACUGCUAAGGGGCUGCAAGCACCUUGAAAAUUGUUAACGGAUUUUGUAAUAAACUGUAAAUUAUGAAAACAAAUUAAAAAAAA